AUGAUGUCUGGUAAAGAGGUGCGGAUCAUCUCGUUGCUGGUUUUGGACUCUGUGUUCUUCCUGCUGGAAAUCACGAUAGGGUACAUGUCGCACUCGCUGGCGCUGAUCGCGGACUCGUUCCACAUGCUGAACGAUAUAUUCUCGCUGCUUGUGGCUCUUUGGGCAGUGGACGUCGCGAAGAACAGGGACGCAGACGCGAAAUACACUUAUGGUUGGAAGAGGGCAGAGAUCCUUGGGGCGCUCGUGAACGCCGUUUUCCUGAUCGCACUGUGCUUCUCCAUCCUGAUAGAGGCGUUGCAGAGGCUUAUUGAACCACAGGAGAUUCAAAACCCACGGCUGGUGCUGUACGUCGGUGUAGCAGGGCUGAUAUCGAAUUUCGUCGGGUUGUUCCUGUUCCAUGAGCAUGGUCACGACGGACACUCGCAUUCGCACUUAGGGGACGAGGAGGAAGCUGCAGGGCACUCCCAUGGACAUGAACAUUCUCACGGACACGAACACUUGGAUAUAGAGGACCCCAAUAUCGAGGACGUGAUGCCCGCCCGCAUAGUUAACGAGGAACACACUCCACUGAUGGGGGGCCAGGGGGCGGCGGCAGUCCCCCCUAAGAGAGGUGAACAGUCACACAAGUCACUGAACAUGCACGGUGUGUUUCUACACGUUAUGGGGGACGCCCUGGGGAACGUUGGUGUCAUUUUCGCAGCACUGUCCAUUUGGAAAACGGACUACUGGUGGAGGUUUUACUCGGAUCCAGUCGUUUCGCUUGUCAUCACGGUCAUUAUCUUCUCCUCCGCGCUACCGUUGUCCCGUAGAGCAUCAAGGAUUCUCUUGCAGGCGACCCCAUCGACGAUCUCGGCAGAUGAGGUGCAAAGAGAGAUACUGGCCGUGCCGGGCGUGAUCGCAGUGCACGACUUCCACAUUUGGAACCUCACAGAGGCGAUCUACAUCGCAUCGGUCCACAUCAAGAUCGAUUGCUCGCCAGAACAGUACCUCAACACCGCUAAGCUGAUCAGGAACAUUUUCCACCAGCAUGGUAUCCAUUCCGCUACAGUGCAGCCAGAAUUCGUCGCAAACGUUAGCUCCGAUGUCAGGAAAAGUUUCUCGCUUGUCGCUGGGCAGUCUCCAACAGAUAGAAGCACCUUGCCAGGUAGUAGAAACACACCACAGAUUAACAGGUCGGAGAGCGGUACACCUUCAGCGUACGGUGCGACAACCGCAGGGUCAGACUGUUUGAUCGACGACGCGGCAAAUUGUAACACAUCAAACUGUAUCCCAGGUAACAAAUAA